UCGAAGAAUCGAUAUAUUUAUAUAGAUAAAUUCGCAAUUGAUCUAUUGACAAAGUGAAUGAUAAUUGAAAUCAAAAUGUCUACCAUUUGAUUAGAGAAUUCGUAUCAGCAAGAAGCGGUAUAAACAAAAUUAAAAUAAUGAAAAAACACGCGUUUUCGUAAUUAACAAGGUCUGUAGUCCUUGACGCGUUUUUUAGGCACUGCUCGCAAAAUGUCAUCAACACGUAAAAUUAUUUCUGCCGCUUCUACUGCACUAAGUAAAACUUGCCUCUUUACAACCCAAGGUUCAGUGAUACCUGGUCGUUUCAUGCACCCGAUUAUUCGUGUCCCUAUAGUUGCUAUAGGACAAGCAGGAAAAUUCUAUAAAUGUUGGAGUGAUGAUAAGAAGAAGAAAUCCCCUAUUUUACUGGUUGAUCCAAUUGUUAAAUAUAGCCUGCCAUUAAUUGAGAAAGAGAUACUUAAUCAUGAUACAAGAAAAUUUAGAUUUGGUUUGCCAACACCAGACCAUAUUCUAGGAUUACCAGUUGGCCAGCACGUACAUUUAACAGCGAAAAUCGAUGGAGAAGAUGUUACACGUUCUUAUACACCAAUCUCCAGUGAUGAUGAUCAUGGCUUUGUCGAUAUUGUGAUCAGAGUAUACUUUAAAAAUGUACAUCCAAAAUUCCCUGAAGGAGGGAAACUGUCCCAAUUCUUAGAAAAUUUGAAAACUGGGGCGACAGUAGAUUUUAGAGGACCAUCUGGUAGACUUAUCUAUAAGGGUCAUGGAAAGUUUUCCAUAAAAAUUCUAAAGAAAGACCCAGCUGCAGAUUACAGUAUUGUAAUGUUAGCUGGUGGUACAGGAAUCGCACCAAUGCUGCAAAUAGUUCGCGCUAUAAGGAAAGACAGCACACACGAAACUGCGUGUUCCUUACUUUAUGCAAAUCGCACCGAAAAAGACAUAUUGUUGCGAAAUGAAUUAGACGAGAUCGCAAGGGAUUAUCCAAAAAAGUUCAAGGUUUGGUAUACACUGGAUACCAGUGGUGAAAAUUGGACCUACAGUACAGGGCAUAUAAAUGCAGAAAUGAUAGAAAAACACAUGUUUCCACCAUCGCCUGAUACUCUUGUACUUAUGUGCGGCCCACCACCAAUGAUUAAUUUUGCUUGUAAUCCGAACCUCGACAAACUUGGAUACGAUCCAAAAUUGCGAUUUGCUUAUUAAGAGCACCAUAUACGUUGUUUCGUUGCACUGAAAUGUAAACUGCAUCCAGCUUAUCAGGCUGUUUUUUUGUUGUACAAUAUGUCCAAAAGCAUUUAAGGACAAUGCAUUUUUCCGUUUUAUAUAAAUAAGUACAUAAACCACUUGAAAACAUAAUUUUGCACAUGAAAAUGUUCAGAACAGUAUUUAUUUGAACGAUUAAAUUCAUUUAAAUUAUUUUUUAUUUAGAAUUUAUAUCAAUAAUAAUAUUUAGUUGUCCACAGGAAAAGAAAAAUGUCUUAUAGAUGAAAGACAGUAAUUUUUAAAUUUUGUAAUUCCAUCUUUUCUACAAAUGCAAUUUUUAAGUAUUUUUGAUUAAACAUUUUUCAUUUUUUGUAAGAUACAUCACCAGUGCAAAGGUUAGUAAAAAAUGCUAUGUAGGUUAAAGCAUUUAUUGAUGUUAAACCUAUUGUAUUGUUAUAAAAAAAUGAUGAUCCCAA